AUGAACAGAAAACUAGAACGGAGCUUUGUGGCAUUGGAUGAUCCGUCGCAUCAGCCCACAAGUUCCAAGAAGGCGAGAAGACGAGCGCGCUCGCCGUCGGUCGGAUGGACUCCUCCUCGGCGGCGUACGGCGGGAAGGCGGUGGACGCGUACCGGGGCCUCGGCGGCGGCGUACGCCGUGCUGGCGCGGAGCAUGGCCCGCGAGCUGCUCCCCGACGAGCUCCGCGCCGCGGCGCGGCUCGGGUGGGGGAGCAGGGAGCGCCGCACGCUCGUGGUGCGGAGCCACGCCGGCGGCGGCGGCGGCGGCGGCGGAGGUGGAGGUGGAGAAUACGAGGACAGCAACCUCCUGUUCGACGCCGCGCGGACGUACCUGGCGUCGCGGCUCGACCCGCGCGACGUGCGCUGCCUGGGGCUCACGGUGUCCAAGGCCCCGGAGGAAGGCGACGGCGGCCGCGACGGGUGGAGGGCGCGCCUGUUCAUCGAGCCCGGCGACUCCACCACCGACGUGUUCGACGGCGUCGAGUUCACGUGGCAGUCCGUUCCUCUCGCCGCCGCCACGGGCGGCGCGGAGAAGAAGGCCAAGGGCGGCGACCGCGAGUUCCUGCUGGAGCUCAGCUUCGACGCCGACGCCGAGCACACGGCCACGGCCAUGGACAGGUACGUGCCGUUCGUGAUGGAGACGGCGAGGGAGACGCAGCGGAAUUCCACAGCAAGCACGGAUCAGCACCAAGCAUCAACCACGAUCAUUUUCUUGAUCGAUGCAAGGUCACUGUCCGGGCUGCUCAACCUCAUCGACGGGCUGUGGUCGGCGACCAGCGACGAGCGCGUCAUCGUGUUCACCACCAACUACAAGGAGCGCCUGCUCCGGCCGGGGAGGAUGGACAUGCACGUCUACAUGGGCUACUGCGGCUGGGAGGCGUUCAAGACGCUCGCCCACAACUACUUCCUCGUCGACGACCACCCGCUGUUCCCGGAGAUACGGCAGCUGCUCGCCGGCGUGGAGGCGACGCCGGCCGAGGUGUCGGAGAUGCUGCUUCGCUGCGAGGACGCCGGCGUCGCGCUCCGGGGCCUCGCCGAGCUCCUCAAGGAGAAGAAGAAGCAGGAGGCGAGGCGCGACGGGCAGCAGCAGCAGUAACGCGAUCACAAAUUCACCAUUAAUUCCACACAUCAAAUCAAGAACAAUGCAGUGCAGCCACACUGCCACAGUGUCACGUUUCAGCUUGACCGCAUUGUUGUUGGAGAU